AUGGAAGUGAUAAUCGAUAACGCUUCCCCUCAGAUCUCUUAUUAUUCCAACUCGAAUGGAUGGAUAGUAAACCAUAGCACAAAUCAGAAGUACGGGGAUCCAAACACUAAUAGAUAUAGUCAAUCAACUUUUCACGCAACUUUCACCGAAGGUGAUCGAAUGGAAUUUCGUUUCAAUGGAAGUGGGAUAGCUGUACAUGGAGCCAAGAGAGAUAAUCACGGAAUUUUUGGAGUUCAAGUGGAUAAUUCCAGUAUAAGGUAUUUGUCAGGUCAUAGUGAUGUGGCUGAAUAUCAAACGGAACUUUUCUCGUUGAAUAAUCUUACUACUCACCAAGAACAUUUGAUUACUGUGACGAACUAUUCAAAUGAUAAUUCCACAAAGUGGUGGUUGGACAUCGAUCACUUGAUCGUCACUCAACCGGUAAUGGACAACGAAUACACCUCAAUUAUAGAUGAUAGUUCUCCGUUCGUGUCGUACGAUGUGGGUUGGAAUACCACGGACCCUGGAGACUCGCAAUAUUACAAUGGUACCCAACAUAUUAGCACGAUACCGAGCUCUGUAAUGACAUUGAACUUCAGCGGAUCAUCGAUCCAGCUCUUCGGAAGCAUGGAUACUGAUCAUGGAAAUUACUCUAUAAGUCUGGAUGGUGUAAUCGGGAACAUGUAUCGGGCUACGAACUGGCAACGUCUCACAGGAGUCUCAUUGUUCUUCGCUGCAGGCCUCGAAGAAGGGCCACAUACAAUACAACUCACUAAUCUUGGCAAGUCCAAUAUCACGACGAUGGACUUUGAUUAUGCUGUUGUCAAUUCCACCGUGAACGCCACUACAACAGGGGGUGACUCAUCAUCUAUACCAAAUGAUACUGGCGAAGUGGUCCCUCCACCGAACAAGUCUCAUUCAGGAGCUAUAGCUGGAACUGUAAUCGCUAUUCUCUUAGUAUUUAUCCUGCUUUUUGCCGCUGCGUUCUUUGUCUAUCGACGCCGACAAGGUAGAUCCAUCUCUCCCAGAGAUCCUGAUAAUCCAACCAAAGGUAUAUCAAGCAGAGCCAUAAAUCAAAUGACAAUCGUUCCUAAAAGGACGAGUGAUUCGAAGCAAGAUUGGACAAGAUUACCUGAUCCACCUGAGACUGCCGGUUCAGUUGUUUCUUUUGAUGCAUCUCUGCCAUCCUCUACGAGAAAUUCAGGUAGUCGAAGGGAUACAGUCAUACCUUCUUUACCUUCCUUUCGAGCUUCUUUCCCUUCUUUAUUUCAAAUAACACCUCGAUCUUCUCAAGUGCCUACCGUCAGAUCAAGUCAUCGUGAAUCCAAUCCAGGAUCCAGGUCGAUUAUCUCUAGAUUACAAUCCUUCAAUCCACCUCAAUCGUAUCAGAAUAAGAAUCAUUAUCCGUUCAAGACAGGUGGAAAUGGAAAUAAUGCGAGAUCAUCUUACCAGGAUAACAAUCCUUUCAAGACUAAUACUUCUCCGUUCACCCCUACUUCCGAACAUCCAAGUCCGUUAUAUCAACAAAGUAUUCCACCUUAUUCCCGUUCUAGCGCGCACCCUGGUAGAUUGGAAUACCCACAACAAUCAAGUGCUGUUCCUAGUAGUCAAGCUUUACCCAAUAGUGAAGCUAUGACAUCUCCCAUGUUCUCUGAGUUCUUUUCUGAAGAUGACAGUGAUAACCCAAGAGGCGUAUAUUCCACUAGUAGUUCAAAUCUCUCCCAUCCUCAGCCUGCUCACAGGACAGAUCAAGCACGCGUAUCAGUCGCUACACCUCUACGUCAUUUAAGCGUACCAUACACAGCUACAAUGGUAGAUUUUGAUUCAUCAGCAUAUACAACGACAACUUCCAUAUAUUCAAGUAGAAGAGGUACGGGUAUAAGUGAAGAAAUUGAUUUAGGCCUUUUCUCAAUUCCAGAAUUCGCUCCUCCAGCUUAUGCUCAAGCGACUAGGAUCUCCCUUGGACCAGGUAAACUCGAAAUUUUGACUAGAUCAUCUAAAGAAUCAGAAGUAUAG